AUGACUUCAAAUCAAUCUCCGCUACAACUGGCCGCGGGUGUAGCGAAGCACAGUCCUUUUCGUGCUUGUAACGGGUAUGCGCGGGGACAGGCGGGUGGUGGUGGGGAUGAAGUGGUUCGUCGCAGCACGGGGCUAGAGCAGGACGAGGAGCAGGAGGAAGAGUGGGACGAGGAGGGGGAGCAGGAGGAAGAUGGGGAGGAGGAUGAGGAAGACGAGGAAGGGGAGGAGGCUCUGGAGGUGUGUUCGCAGGCGGACGAUGCGUGGUACGCUGCGCGGCUGUGGGUUCUACCUGCUGGGAAAAGAAGCAACGGAGCGGCAUUGGGGACAGGCGGGGAUGGAAGGAGAGGGCAGGGCGGUGGAGAUACGGAUGGCAGUGAUAAUGAUGAUGAUGAUGAUAACCCAGACAGAGCUAGCCAUGGCAAUCACCAUUCCAAUCAUCAUAACCAUUCCCGGAGGCUGAUGGUGGAGUUUAAGGGGUUCAGCGGGGAGGAAGAGGUGCUGGCAGGCGAGCAGCAGGUGCGGGCGAGGGUGCGAUUCGUGUCGCACCAGCUGCAGGACGCGCGGUGCAGGGCGGUGAAGCGUGGUGACAAGGUGUGCGCGUACCGCGUCAGUGGCGAGCAAUGCACGUACUACGAUGCCCGCGUGCUGCAGGUGGGGGCUCCCUUUGCACUCUCUCCCUUUGCACUCUCUCCCUUUGCACUCUCUCCCUUUGCACUCUCUCCCUUUGCACUCUCUCCCUUUGCACUCUCUCCCUUUGCACUCUCUCCCUUUGCACUCUCUCCCUUUGCACUCUCUCCCUUUGCACUCUCUCCCUUUGCACUCUCUCCCUUUGCACUCUCCUUUUGCACUCUCUCCCUUUGCACUCUCUCCCUUUGCACUCUCUCCCUUUGCACUCUCUCCCUUUGCACUCUCCCAUUUGCACUCUCUCCCUUUGCACUCUCUCCCUUUGCACUCUCUCCCUUUGCACUCUCUCCCUUUGCACUCUCCUUUUGCACUCUCUCCCUUUGCACUCUCUCCCUUUGCACUCUCUCCCUUUGCACUCUCUCCCUUUGCACUCUCUCCCUUUGCACUCUCCCAUUUGCACUCUCUCCCUUUGCACUCUCCCAUUUGCACUCUCUCCCUUUGCACUCUCCCAUUUGCACUCUUUCUCCUUCUCCCGCUCCUCUUCAUCUUUGUCGUCGUUGCUGUCCUUGUCCUCCUCCUCCUCCUCCUCCUCCUCCUCCUCCUCCUCCUCCUCCUCCUCCUCCUCCUCCUCCUCCUCCUCCUCCUCCUCCUCCUCCUCCUCCUCCUCCUCGACCCAAUGGUUCACCUGUCCUUCCAUUCCCCCUUCCAUUCCACCACCGCCACCCAUCCCUCCCUCCCUCCCUCCCUCUGUCAACGCAGGUGAUUCACCAGGAGCACACAUGGGCGCACGGCAAGGAGGAGUGCACGUGCCACUUCUCCCUGCGCUGGCUCGCAGGCCCCGCCAAGGGCCAAGUAAUGGAAGCAGGGUGCGCGCACAUAUGCACUCUCGACCCGCGCGAUGUCGCCACCAGCCAUCCCCUCAUUGCCUGGUACAUUCACUCCCAGGACCUCAUGCCUCCCCCUGAGCGAUUCAUCCUUGCAAAGUCCAGGCAGGCCUGCUUAGUUCCCUCUCCACGUGUUGCUGCCGGGGGGUUUGGGGGGGUGGCUGCUGCUGCUGGGGCUAAUGGUGGUCGUGGUGCUGGUGAUGCUCGUGGGGUGGGGGAUGGUGUCAAGGUUACUCGUAAGGGAGGUUCUUUCAAGGGUGCUGCGGGUGGUGCUGCGGGGGAUGGUCUUUCUGCUGCGCCGCUGCUUGCACUGAGAGGAGCCGAGGCCGUGGUGGGGAAGAAAGAGCGGAAGCGCAAAUGGGGUGGUGCUGCUGGUGCUGCUGGUGUUGAUGCUGACAGCGAGGAUGGGAACGAGAAAGACUCACGGAGUCGUAUGAAGGAGAAGGUGAAGAAGAAGAGGAAGCUGUAUCGAGGAGAUGGGAAUGGGGUACGGGCUGAGCGCAAUGCUGGUAGACAUGCCAUGGUGGCCUAUAGCGAUAACCCACCACACAGAGAGGCAAGAGAGGCAAGAGAGGCAAGAGAGGCAAGAGGGGACAGAGAUGAAAGAGUGGAAAGAACGGAAGCAGAUAAUGCAGGGAUGCAUUCAGUUCUGCCAACGCCAUCGCCACUCACCCCUCUGCACCACGCUGCUGCUGUUGCCGCCUCACCGCUCACUCCAGUUGAUCCUGCCCCCACACACAUCCUUGCACUCCCUGCUGUCCGCCCCGCCCCACUCUCGCCAAAACCUCAGUUGUCAACGCCUCACACCUCGAAGCAUCACUCCCCAACGCCUCACUCCUCAAAACCCCACUCGCCAGAACCUCACUCCCCUCAGCUUCGUGUGAGAAGGCAUGAGCGCUCUCCUGUGGAGAGUCGUCCUGGCUCGAGGGUAGAGCGAGAGGAGGAGUGGGAGGGCUGGAGAGAAGGGGAGGGGGGUGGGCGGCGAGGCUCCGGGCAGGAGGAGGAGAGGAGGGAGCAGGGGGUGUCGAGAGGCGCUGGGAUGAAGCGAAGUGAGUCUAGGGUUUCCUCUGUUGGUGCUCACACUGCCGCUGCUGAUGGUGCUGUUGAUGGUGGUGGUGUUGUUGUUGUUGUUGUUGGUGGUGGUGGUGGUGGUGGUGCUGCUGCUGCUGCUGCUGGUGGUGGUGGUGGGAACAGAGCAGCAUGGAUGGAUGGGCAUGGUGGGAGGUACGAGCACUCCCGACGUGCGAUGCGAAGCCCGGAGGGUAAUUUGGAGCAACGGGGAUAUGACACAGCACGGUACUGGUCGAGAAGCCCUUACACUGCCUCCCCCACUCCUCCCCACACUGCGUCCCCCACUCCUCCGCACACUGCUUCCCCCACUCCUCCCCACACUGCGUCCCCCACUCCUCCCCACACUGCGUCCCCCACUCCGCCUCAUAGUGAGUUUCACAGUGAGAAACAUAGUGGGCGGCGGCACAGUAACUGGUAUGAAAGAGAUGGUGAAAGGGCAAGGAGUGGAGAUAGGGCAGCGGAUGGCGGUGAGGAGAUGUACGGGGCGAGGGAGAGGGAUCAUAUGGGCCGAUACGUACAAGAAUGGGAGCGGAGUCAUGGGAGGGGUGGGAGAGGGAAGGAGCGGUUGCAUGAGGGCGAGUGGGGCAGCAGCCGCAGUGUAAGCAGGGAUAGGGAGCGCGUGUUGGAGGGGCAGAGAGAGGGGCUGGUGGGUCCUGCAGGGGUGGAGGAUGGAGAGGUGGAGAGGCGGAGUAGGAGCAGGGAACGGGAGGGUGGGGGCAGGGAACGGGAGGGUGGGUGCAGGGAAAGGGAGAGAGGAGGCAGGGAAUGGGAGAGAGAGGGCAGGGAAGGGGAGAGAAGGCGGAGGGAAUGGGAGAGCGGGGGUGGGGAGUGGGAGCGAGAGGGGCGGGGAAGGAUUGAGGAGGGGGAGGAGGAAAGGCAUGGUGAGUGGGAGCGGGGCAGAAGCUUCAGCAGAGAGCACUCAGCUGAGGAGCGGAACAGGAGAGGGGAUGAUCAUGAUGGUGGGGCUUUAAGAGGGGCUGGUGCACAUGGCCAUGGGCUGGCAGGGGAUUUGCAGGGGAGAGGGGAGAGGAGAAGAGGCGAGGGAGAAGGGGGUAGAGAGGGUGGGGGGCGACAAGUAGGAGGUUCAGCGGGUGGAGAGGGGGGGGGAAGCAGAGGGGAGGCAGGGCGAGGAGGGGGAGAAGGUAGUGGGUAUGGGGCGCAUGGGAAUGGAAUCAGCGGAAGAGGAGGAGGAGGAGGAGGAGGAGGAGGAGGUGGCAGUGGUGGUGAUGGGGAUGGGGAUGGGGAGGAUGGUAGGCAGUGGAGGAGGGAGAAGGAACACACAGUCCCUGUUGCUACGACCCGUGCUGCUGGAACACCACCCGCUGCUGAUACCGCUGCUGCUAGCACCAGCGGUCAUGGCGCUGCUGCUGCUGCUGCUGUUGCUGCUGCUGGUGACAUCCACACAGGUGGUACCCACACUGGUGCUGUUGAAAAUGGAGGAUCAGGGCCAAAAGAGCCUCAUCCCGCGCCUGCUCCUGCCUUCACCUCUCAUGCGCCUUCCUCCACCUGGGACGGGCGGCAGCAACGAGGCAGAAGCGCGGUCGUUAGAGGGGGCCGUGCAGUGGCUGUCCGGGGUGGGAUUCCUGGGAGAAUGGAGGUUCAGGGCCGUGCAGUGGCCGUCCGGGGAGGGGUUCCUGAAAAUCCCCAAAGAUCGCUCCCAAGAGUCGUUAGAGGCGGUGGUAGUGGUAGUGGUAGUGGUAGUGGUGGUGGUGGUGGUGGUGGUGGUGGUGGUGGUGGUGGUGGUGGUGGUGGUGGUGGUGGUGGUGGUGGUGGUGGUGGUGGUGGUGGUGGUGGUGGUGGUGGUGGUGGUGGUGGUGGUGGUGGUGGUGGUGGUGGUGGUGGUGGUGGUGGUGGUAGAGUUUUGGAGGCGGCAUUGAGUAGCAGCAGUCGUGUUUCUUCUUCUCAGCUACCGGUUAGACGGCGCGCGUGCGCAACCAUGGCGGUGACAGAAGGGUGCGGGGAGAGUGACGCGUCGAAACGAGGGACGCGGAGCAAUGAGGGAGCAGAAACGCAGGGGAAGAGGGGAUGGGGAGGCCGGUCGAGGAAUCCGCGCGGGAAGUCGACAUCAUCUUUACCAUUAUCCGUAUCACCGUCCGCAGCAGCAGGAGCAAGAGCAGCAGGAGCAGCAGCACCACCAUCAUCACGGCACUUCACAUCAUCAGCACACCAUGCCGCGCAUGUGCUGCGUGCUCUCUUCAUCGUCUCUCUUCUCCUGGCGCCACCCACUGGGCCGUGGCUCCUCUCCCCCUCUCCCGCGGAAACGCUCCCACGCUACUCGCUGACAGCCAGCGCCGACAAUCCCCUCCCCAUUUUCCUCGACGAAAGUCCCCAGUAUGGCAUGGUGGACGAGUUUGUUACGAACAUGCACGGCUUUGCUGAGGAGAUGAAUUGGACCAGGAGUAAUAAGGACUGUAGGGACUGGCAGUGGAGGGAGACGGCUGGUCUCAUAUGCGACUCCUCCGGCAACGUCACAGCAAUCUUCAUCACUGAACUAUCCUAUGCCCUCCCGUCCGUACUUUACCAACUCACCAACUUGGAGCGCCUAUCAUUGACGUGGACACCAAACACGGAUCCAAACCUGUCGCCUGCCAUUGCCGACCUCACCCGCCUCACCUCUCUCUCCUUGACACGCGCCCAACUGGGCACAACAAUCCCAAGUGUCCUUUUCACAUUGACCGCCCUCAACACUCUGAGCCUGCGGGAUGUGGGACUCACGAGUGCCAUUGCUCCAGAGUUCAGCAAGCUGAAUCGACUCAUUGACCUUCGCUUGGACCGCAACAGGCUCUCAGGGCCCAUUCCACCUCAGAUCAGUGUGAUGAAAGACCUCUAUAACCUGGAACUGCAAGAGAACGCACUCACAGGACCCAUCCCCGCGCAACUCUCUUCCUUGCGCUCCUUGAAUUACCUUCUGUUGCAACUCAACAAGCUAUCGGGUUCGCUUCCAACAUUUCCACCACUCCUGAAGACAAUCAAUCUGAUGAGCAACCAGCUGGAGGGAAGUGUCCCAAAGUUCACUUCUCAGAAAUACCUCCUAGAGCUGAACCUGGACAACAACAGGCUCACGGGAUCGGUGCCUUUUGGUUUCAGCGCUUCCAUUGAGAGAAUUUCAUUGCGCAACAACCGACUCUCUGGCAGGAUUCCUCCCAGCUUCUUCAAAGACAAUCAGGCUGCGCAGAAAGUAGCGGGAAACAGUGUGCAAGCAUCCCAACUCAUCACCAUCCAAGCACUGGGAGACCUCACCUAUCUGUGCGUAUCCCACCGACCUGACCAGCACCGUUCGAUGUCCACGGUCACGCAACUCAUGACCCUCGACCUUAGCUCCAACUCCUUUUCUGGAAGCAUCCCCGAUUGGAUAUCCACGCUCACGUAUCUAACUGUGCUGGACCUGAGCAACAAUCAGCUGAGUGGGAGCAUUCCGCAGAGCCUGUCUCGUCUCCGAUACAUGACAAUGCUUGACCUGAGCAACAACCUGCUUAAUGGAACCAUCCCCGAUCAAAUAUCCGAGCUCCAGCAACUCAGUGUGCUUGACCUGAGCAACAAUCGCCUGAGCGGGAGUGUGCCACACGGCUUGACCGGACUCACUCAACUGACAGUCCU